AUGACUACCCUUCGCUGUCGGCCCUCUGAGGCAGAAAAAGAGCCUAUUCUCGUGUUCGUGUCCGCAACACAAAUGCUUAAUCUGAAAUUGAAAAAUGGUUCGCCAUGUAGAAUUUCUAACCUAGGAGGAGAUCUGGAAGCUGUUGCGAUCUCCUGGUUGACUACUAAAUCAGAUCUAAAGGACGGAGUUAUUGGUAUUUCAAAAUGGUUGCAAGAUCGCUGUGAGAUUAAGCUAGGCAAUGAGAUUGUGGUCACCAAAAUUGCGGAUGAGCUUCAAGACGACACUACCGUUGUACACUUACGGCCACUAGACGUGUUCGACUUUGACAAGAAACUGCUCUGGGAGUUACUUGCAGUGGACGCCCUUGCUGAAAAUUACAGGUACAUGGCGCCUCUACAGAAGGUCACUAUUGUUGCUGGAAGACAGCGGAAGGACUUUGAGAUAGUGGGACCUGUGAAGACAGUCUACAAAGCUACGAGUAUAUCGCAGGUACGUAUCGGUGCCGAAACAGAGAGGCCAGCAGCACCGAUCACUUUUGAGAGUAUUGGUGGCCUACAAAAACAGAAAGAGCAACUCAGGCGGAUCGCACACCAUAUCUCGGAAAGAGGCACGAAAGCGAAAUCUCGAAGACACCACUCACCACUCCAACAGGCGACUGGCAUCCUCUUAUACGGUCCUGCGGGCACUGGUAAAUCGUUGUUAAGGAAAGCACUCGAAGCAGAGCAUAAUUGGGCAGAUAUUGUGACAUGGAAAGGCUCGGGAUCAAAAGUGGCAAACCUCAGCGCGUCACAGCUGGUACACAUUAACAUCAGAGGCAAGCUCAGCCAACUCGAUGCAUCGACACUGGAGGAAGUCUUUAAUGCUUGCUCGCCGACGACGCUGAUAGUGGCUGAAAUACGAGAUCCGAAUGACCUACAGAGCUUCUUGCGAACCGGUAGUGCCUUCAAGCAUGAGAUAGAAGUGUCAAUUCCCGAUGCCAGUCAGCGGCAUGAAAUACUCUCCCUGCUCAACAAUGGAUUGCUGGAUGAAGACCUACUACGCGAAGCAGCACAAAAAACACAUGGUUACGUAGGAGAUGAUCUUUCACGACUGCUUGGUGAGGUGGAAUCUAUCAUCGACGGAGACGCGGAGACAGAGUCAGCCACUGACAACUCGACGACACCCUCAGCAACUCAAGACGUACCCAACGAUCAGGCACAUUCGCAUAGUGAUCAUGAUCAGAACAAUGGCUCGGUAGGACGUCCACCAACAACCAUAGACCACCUCGUCAGAGCUCUGACUCACAUUCGCCCAUCUGCCCUGCAACAAGUCUUUCUCGAGAAGCCUAAUGUAAAAUGGUCGGAUAUUGGUGGUCAAGAGAUCUUCAAAGAGCGUCUACGCAAUGCUGUUGAGUGGCCACUUAGGUAUCCUCAAGAGCUCAAAUCAUACAACAUCCCACAAAAGAAAGGUAUUCUCCUAUAUGGCCCUCCUGGAUGCUCAAAAACAAUGCUGGUAAAAGCUCUAGCCACAGAAUCAGACUACAAUUUCCUCGCGGUUAAGGGUGCCGAGCUGAUAUCUAUGUACGUCGGGGAGUCAGAACGUGCAACACGGGAAGUCUUCCGAAAAGCAAGAGCUGCGAGCCCCUGUAUUAUCUUCUUCGACGAAAUUGAUGCGAUUGCUCGAAGGGCUAACGAUAGUAGCAUGUUGAACGUGCUAACGACCUUGCUAAAUGAAAUGGAUGGCUUCGAGGAACUCAAGGAUGUGUUUGUCGUUGCAGCGACGAACAAGCCGCAGACUAUAGAUCCAGCGCUGAUGCGGCCGGGCAGAUUCGAUAACGUGGUGUAUAUCGGUCCACCCGAUCCAGAGACAAGAAAAGCCAUUUUCCUGGAACAGUUCCGCAGAACACUCAAGUUGAGCGACAAGGCACGAGACAAGAUUGGAGAGUAUGUCCUGGCCACCGAGGAUCUGUCAGGCGCUGAGGUCGUUGCGAUUUGCCAGUUAGCUGGUGAAAUCGCGUUCAGCUCGGACCAGACAAUUCGACGUGACAUCUUAGCAGAGGACAUCUUCGAGGCCAUCAAAAGGACGCCAAGGUCGAUCACGACACAAAUGCUAGCAGAGUACGAAAGCUGGAAUGCGGAAAGAGCUGUGAGAUAA